ACCUCAGAGCAGUAAAAAAACAACGUUCGAAUUUCCAACGACACUGCUGGGAUCACAAUACAAUUUAAAAAAUAAUCUACAGUCUACAUAUAACCUUCUCAACUAAAGAGUUAAAGCAUCCAGCCAUGUCACACCAAGACCUGGCCGAGGAGGCUGAAGCCAUGCGGCGGAGGUGCGGGUGUCUCCGUGCUAGCGAUAUGCUGAAGGAGGCUCUAGCCGGGUUCCCCACUCCUCCUCCGCCUCCACCCAGUCCGAGUGUGGAUGAGUUGGUUGUGUCCGACACGAAAUACCCUUGUAUAUCCGUAUACUGCGCUCAAGAAGGAAAGCCGCAUCGGAUUUGGGGGCCAGAUCCCAUUGAACCCUUUAAGGAACCCAAGGACAUAGAUGACAUUGAAGAGCCCCCGUACACCUUCUGGAGUCUCCUGGUGGAGCUGUUCCGUAUGCUGCAGGUGUCUGUGGUGGUGACGGCGCUGCUCGCCUACUACGUGCUGUACUUCUACGUCCAGCUACUGUACGUCACCUUCCGAAGCGUGGUGUACUUCCAUAAUGUUGAUGGCCCCAUGAAAGUAACAAUAGGAGUGAUAACAGCCACGUCGCUACUGGUCGCAUUCAACUUGUUUUUGAAAAUAGAACGACUGUUGUGUUUUCAUUAAAUACUGUCAGUGUGCGGGUAUUAUUACUUCGAAACAUGGACAUGGUUGAUAGCUUAUACCUUUUUUAAA